UCAAAGUUUCCAUUCAUAUAGUGUGAUUUUCAAUUAUUUAUUUUUCCUCAUCCUUAUUCCUAGAGAACAAAGCAAUGAAAUUUGAGUCAAUGAUCAUCAUUUAUUAACCCAAAAAAAGGAUAUUAGCUAAAGAGUUUUCUGAACUCUCUUUUGUUCUCUCUAUAUGUGUGUAUGUGUUUAUAUAAUUCAGCAUCCAAUCAUCCAUAGUAGAAGGUGAAAAGUUCAGAUUUUGAAUUGUGUUGGGGACUCAAAUCACCAAAAUAGUAAUGGUUUUGAGUAAAAGAAGUGUUUUUGGCACCAAUAUUGAGAUGGGGUUUGGCUUCAUGGUUCUGGUUUUGGUGGCGUUAUUGUUCAGUUUUAGUCCUAUUUGUGUGUUUGGGGAAAAACAUGAAAACCCUCAGAACCAGAAGCUGAGGUUUGACAAAAAUGGAGAAUUCAAGAUUCUUCAGGUUGCAGACAUGCACUAUGCUAAUGGAAAGUCCACACUCUGCUUGAAUGUGUUACCUUCACAGAAUGGUUCUUGUUCUGAUCUCAACACCACUUCUUUUGUUCAAAGAAUGAUCCUUGCUGAGAAGCCUAAUCUCAUUGUCUUCACUGGUGAUAAUAUCUAUGGUCGUGAUUCCUCGGAUUCGGCGAAAUCAAUGGAUGCUGCAUUUGCUCCUGCAAUUGCGUCAAACAUUCCUUGGGUAGCUGUUUUGGGAAAUCAUGACCAAGAAGGAUCCUUGUCUAGGGAAGGAGUGAUGAAAUACAUUGUUGGUAUGAAGAACACAUUGUCUCAAUUCAACCCUUCAGAAGUUCACACCAUUGAUGGUUUUGGAAACUAUAACUUAGAAGUUGGAGGAGUUGAAGGCACUGAUUUUGAAAAUAAAUCAGUGCUCAAUCUUUACUUCAUUGAUAGUGGAGAUUAUUCUAAGGUUCCUUCAAUUUCUGGUUAUGAUUGGAUCAAGCCAUCACAGCAACUCUGGUUCCAACGAACAUCCGAAAAGCUCCAGAAAGCAUACAAAAGUGGACCAAUGCCUCAGAAAAACUCUGCUCCUGGUCUUGCAUACUUUCAUAUACCAUUGCCUGAGUAUGCUAGUUUUGACAAAUCAAACUUCACAGGUGUCAAACUUGAACCAGAUGGCAAUGGCAUUAGUUCUGCUAAGGUGAACUCCGGCUUCUUCGCGACAUUAGUCCAAGCCGGAGAUGUGAAGGCAGUUUUCACCGGCCAUGAUCACCUCAAUGACUUCUGUGGUAAGUUAACCGGCAUAAACCUAUGUUAUGCCGGAGGAUUCGGAUACCAUGCAUAUGGAAAGGCUGGAUGGUCUAGGAGAUCAAGAGUGGUGGUAGCUCGCUUGGAGAAGACGCCGGAAGGAGCUUGGGGAGAUGUCAAGUCAAUAAAUACCUGGAAACGCCUCGACGAUCAAAAUUUUACUCAAAUUGAUGGACAAGUUCUUUGGAGCAAUAGCUUUUGAAGAAAAUCAUAAGUGAAACAAACAAAAUGGUGGAGAACUUUGAGAAUUUAGAAAGUGAUGCAGACUAGUGAUAGUAUCCACAUACAUGACAUGAAGAUGAUUUAUUUUGGAGUUUGUUAUAGGUUGUUAUAAAUUAUAUUGUUGUUAAGAUGGUCAUGAUUCAUCAAUUGUGAUACUAUUUAGCAGUUAAUUCUUUGUCUUGAGCUAUAUAGUAAAUGAAAAAUUGUUCAUUUUAAUUUUUUUUAAUAUUUUUUUGGAAUCACAAUAUGAUUUGCAA